AAGAAAAAAUAUUAAAAUGUCAGAUUAUAAUAUAGAUGAAUUAAUAAAAACUGUCUUUGACAUCCGAGAUGCCAACUGGAAACCUACAGAUAAGAUUCCACUCAUAAAUAAGGAAAUAGAACAACUCAAAUCUGAUUUAAAGACAUACUUGAACAAUAGUGAUUAUGAUGUGACUGGUAUUUUGAAGGAGAGCAAGGAGCUAUGUGAGGAGAGCAAAAGAUUGACAGAGGACAUGAGAACAUGCCAACAGGAGAUAGAGGAGGAAACAAUGGCUGAAAUAGUGAAAUCUAUUGAAAACCAUGAUGCCCUUGUUAAAGAAUUAGAAUGCAUCAACUUUGCUAUAAACAUUGUGUUUGAUGUUGUGCAAUGUGGAAAGUAUGUCAAGGAAUUUGAUGAUGGCAGAGAUGCACAAAGCUUCACCAGGGCUGUAGAAGCGGUAUCUGACUUAAUUGAAUUCAUUGAGAAUCCAGCAGAUGGUUUUCAGCACCUUGGUCUUUAUCACAACACGAAACAUGCUGCUCAACUUAUACUAGACAGCCUGCUAAAUGAUUUAUCCACAGAAUGGAGCCGACUUGCCCACUGGAGUAGCAAAAUGUGUACCAAAAAAACCGUAGUUACCAUUGUACUUAACUUGGAUGACUCUAUGGCUGUCAUUGAUAUUCUAAGUGCCCUUAAUAAGAGCAAGAAACUUCAGGAGAAAAUUAACCUAUUCUCUGAAUUUUUAAUGAAAGAGGUUCUUGUACCUAUCAUGCUUUUUGAUUGCACAGUUUAUGCUGAAACAGAUGUCCUAAUGACUCUUACUAUAAACCAUGCCAAACAGAAUUGUAAACCACCAUAUGACGCUGUUAUUGCCAACUUACGUUUGUUAUUCCAUUACCUAAGUAACAAGUUAAAUAUAGAGUUUUGUCGUGGCAAUACAUUGAUGGCGAUGAUAGGUAAGCAGAUCAGUGCUGAAUUCAAGGAAACUUUGAUUAAAGAGGUCCUCAUAGACACUAUACCAAACAAUAUAAAUGAGCUGCAGACGUAUGGAAGGAUAACUGCUGAAAUUGAAGACUUUCAGCACUUCCUGGCUUUGGUGAAGAUAUUUCCUGAGGAUAAAUUCUCUAUACUUGACUAUAUUGAUGACAUAGACAUUCUAUUUGCAAGUAAAUCAAGCCAGUAUCAUUUGGAAACAGCUCGUAAUAUAAUGCUUAAAGAUUUGAGUGUGACCAUGUCCAUUGGUGUUGAGACUAUUCCUGAAGAUGAUGAACUAAGCAUUAGUAACUUAAUGGAUGAUGGUGCUGAAGAAGCUUUGAAGAUAUUGGAUAAGACAAUACCAAAGAGUUUGUUUUUCUUCCCGCGUUGUAUGAUCUCAAAGACAGCUCAGGAGUUAUUGGAUCUAGUGUAUGUAAUGAUGGAGCAAGCAGUUCAGUGUUCUGAUCUGGUGUGCAAGAGGCUAUACUACACAACCCGCUUGGUUUUUGAGCUGUACGAUGCUGUGGUCCCGUAUCAUCAUGAGAAGUAUUUGCAGACUAUCCCUCAUUAUGUUGCUCUCUUCCAUAAUAACUGCAUGUACCUAGCCCACAAUCUUCAGACUUUUGGUGACAAAUGGUUGAUUCUCAUGGAGGGGCGCGAGGUGGACUACGCGAUUAGCUUUGUCGACCUCGUACAAAAGCUGAGGGACCUUGGCUAUAAGCACAUGACUGCUCACAUGCAGCAGCAGAGGAAACAGAUUCUUGAUAAUAUACGCUCUUCUGAUCUGAAUUGCAUCGUAGUCAAAGACGUGUUGGGCGAAAACGCCGAAGCAGCCAUUCGCCAGUGUCUACGUCAGCUGCAUCUUCUCAGAAACGUUUGGAUAGGCGUCUUCCCAAACAAUGUUUUCACUAGGUUGAUGGCGACUCUAGUGAACAUGUUCGUGGACGAGCUGAUUCACCGUGUGUGCACGGUGGAGGAUAUCUCGGCCGAGAUGGCCCAGCAGCUCAGUGACAUGUACACCCUCGUCAUGUACAAAGCACCACAUCUCUUCCAGGAUGCUGGCGACGUGCAAAAGCACGUCAAGACCUGGGUGAAACUACAAGAGUUGAUCUUCGUUCUCGGCGGCUCUCUCAAGGACAUAGAAUCCCACUGGGGCGAGGGGCAGGGUCCGCUCGCCCGUCACUUUCGCACCGACGAACUGCGUAAUCUUAUUAAAGCGCUGUUCCAAAAUACACAACUUCGCGCUAAUUUAUUAGCCAAGAUCAAAUAAAUAGACAAAUGAUACUCUGUAUG